AGAGAAAGCGGCAAAAAGACAGCCAUGAGAACAAUUCCAGCUCAAAACGAAGAAAAGUCCAUUUGGACGAUUCAAAACACAUCGCUGCUCUUAUUCUCGCCCGUGGAGGAAGCAAAGGCAUCCCUCUGAAGAACAUCAAGAUGUUGGCAGGCGUUCCUCUGAUCGGAUGGGUGAUCAGAGCCGCGCGGGACUCUGGUGUCUUCAAUAGUGUUUGGGUGUCCACUGAUCAUAAAGAUAUUGCGAAAGUGGCCAAGGCCUGGGGUGCUGAAGUGCACACGAGGAGUCCAUGUGUGUCCAAAGACUGUACGAGCUCACUGGAGACCAUUCAGGAGUUCAGCAGUAAACACCCAGAUGUGGAUGUCAUCUGUAACAUCCAGGCCACGUCUCCAUGUCUGCACCCUGAACAUCUCCAAAAGGCUCUGGAGCUCAUAACCAAACAAGGCUGUGAUUCUGUCUUCUCUGUGGUCCGGCGACACAAUUUUCGAUGGGAAGAGGUCAAGGAAGGAGGGGAAGUCUUUACUAAACCGCUGAACCUGGACCCAGCUUGCAGGCCUUGCCGUCAGGCCUGGGCCGGAGAGCUGUGUGAAAAUGGCUCCUUUUACUUCGCAACCAAAGAUCUCAUAGAAAAUGGGCUUCUUCAGGGUGGAAAAACGAGUUGCUUUGAGAUGCCCCCAGAGUACAGUGUGGAUAUUGAUGUUGACAUAGACUGGCCCGUAGCUGAACAGAGAGUGCUGAGGUUCGGUUACUUCGGUAAGGACAAACCUGAAGUUGUGAAGCUCCUGCUGUGUGACGUGUCAGGAUGUUUGACAGAUGGGCAGAUCUACAUCUCAGCAAAUGGAGAUGACUUGGUGUCCAUCAACACUAGAGACCAGGCCGGCAUCAACAUGCUGAUGAAAGAAGGAGUGAAGGUUAUUUUGAUAGAACAAAACCCAAUAACAAAAACCUUAGCUAAAAAAAUCUCCCAGAGGAUGGGCUGCCGCGUCCUGCAGAAUGUGGACAUACUGAAAGAGGUGGAGAAAUUCAUGAAGAAGGAUAGGCUUGAGUGGAAAGAGGUGGCGUACUUGGGGAACGAUGAGCCAGAUGUAAAGUGCCUGAGCCGGGCAGGGCUGAGUGCAGUACCCAGGGCUGAGCGCAGUACCCUGGAGGCCCCAGUGGUGGCGCUCAAUGCUGCCAAAUACUCAUGCAAGUGCGCGGCGGGUCGCGGGGUCGUGCGAGAGUUCGCCGAACACAUCCUACUGCUGAGAAAAAUGGCCAAGUCUCAGAUGGAGCAGGACAGAAUUUGCUGUUGUUCAGACAACAAUUUUAUGAAACACUAAU